AUGCCAGACCAAAAGCAAAACAAGGCAAAGAGUGGUUUCAAACGUCAGCCAUAUUUUCUACAUAAUAACUUGGACGCGAUCUCGAAGAAGUCCAUUCGCCGGCUUGCUCGGCGAGCUGGGGUGAUCCGAAUGUCCGCUGUGAUAUACGAGGAGGCUCGGGCUGCACUAAAGCGUUUCGUAGUGAAUCUCGUACAAGACACUGUGGUGUACACACAGUACGCUAACAGAAGAACUGUAACGAUGCGCGAUGUCGUCUAUGCUCUCAAGCGCCAAGGUCGUCCGAUCUACGGCUUUGACUAG